CCUUUAAAUUCACCAUUUCAGAAUCCUGCGAUCGGAUUAAGGAGGAGUUUCAGUUUUUGCAGGCUCAGUACCACAGUUUAAAGCUGGAAUGUGAAAAACUGGCCAGUGAGAAGACAGAGAUGCAGCGACAUUAUGUCAUGUAUUACGAGAUGUCCUAUGGGCUGAAUAUAGAGAUGCAUAAACAGGCAGAAAUUGUCAAGAGGCUGAAUGCUAUAUGUGCACAAGUCAUUCCCUUCCUGUCCCAAGAGCAGCAACAACUCCAGGCCCAGCACUUGUCACAUGGACAUGGUCUUCCCGUGCCGCUCACUCCGCACCCCUCGGGCUUGCAGCCUCCAGCCAUCCCACCCAUUGGCAGCAGUGCUGGUCUCCUGGCACUCUCCAGUGCACUGGGGGGCCAGUCCCACCUCCCAAUUAAAGACGAGAAGAAGCACCAUGAUAAUGAUCACCAAAGAGACAGAGACUCCAUCAAGAGCUCUUCUGUAUCUCCCUCAGCCAGUUUCAGAACAGCAGAAAAGCACAGAAAUUCUACAGAUUAUUCUUCAGAGACUAAAAAACAAAAAACAGAAGAGAAGGAAAUAGCAGCUCGUUACGACAGCGAUGGUGAAAAGAGUGAUGACAAUUUGGUAGUUGAUGUUUCCAAUGAGGAUCCUUCUUCUCCCCGUGGGAGCCCUGCACACUCUCCACGGGAAAAUGGCUUGGACAAGACUCGACUGCUGAAAAAGGAUGCACCAAUUAGUCCGGCAUCUAUUGCAUCCUCUAGCAGCACUCCUUCCUCCAAAUCCAAAGAACUUAGCCUUAAUGAGAAAUCUACUACUCCUGUGUCUAAAUCAAAUACCCCAACUCCACGGACUGAUGCCCCAACUCCAGGCAGCAACUCCACUCCUGGACUGAGGCCAGUGCCCGGCAAACCCCCAGGUGUGGACCCGAUAGCUUCAGGUUUAAGGACACCUAUGGCUGUACCAUGUCCUUAUCCUACUCCAUUUGGUAUCGUGCCACAUGCUGGUAUGAACGGGGAGCUGACCAGCCCUGGAGCUGCCUAUGCUGGUCUACACAAUAUUUCCCCUCAAAUGAGUGCAGCAGCUGCAGCAGCAGCAGCAGCAGCAGCUUACGGGCGAUCUCCAGUGGUUGGUUUUGAUCCCCAUCAUCACAUGCGAGUCCCAGGCAUCCCUCCUAAUCUCACAGGCAUCCCAGGAGGAAAACCAGCCUACUCCUUUCAUGUAAGUGCAGAUGGCCAGAUGCAGCCAGUUCCUUUCCCUCCUGAUGCCCUCAUUGGCCCAGGAAUCCCUCGCCAUGCCCGUCAGAUCAACACCCUGAACCACGGGGAAGUUGUGUGUGCAGUUACCAUCAGCAACCCCACGAGACACGUGUACACGGGUGGGAAGGGGUGUGUCAAGGUUUGGGACAUCAGCCACCCUGGCAACAAGAGCCCUGUGUCUCAGCUGGACUGCCUGAACAGAGACAACUACAUCCGUUCCUGCAGAUUGCUCCCUGACGGCCGCACCCUGAUUGUUGGUGGGGAAGCCAGCACAUUAUCCAUUUGGGACCUGGCAGCUCCAACUCCUCGCAUCAAAGCAGAGCUGACAUCUUCUGCUCCAGCUUGCUAUGCCCUAGCUAUCAGCCCUGAUUCCAAGGUCUGCUUCUCCUGCUGUAGCGAUGGCAACAUUGCAGUGUGGGAUCUGCAUAACCAGACUUUAGUAAGGCAAUUUCAGGGCCACACAGAUGGAGCGAGCUGUAUUGACAUUUCUAAUGAUGGCACCAAAUUAUGGACAGGAGGUCUGGACAAUACAGUCAGAUCCUGGGAUCUCAGAGAAGGGAGACAGCUACAGCAACAUGACUUCACAUCACAGAUCUUCUCACUGGGCUACUGUCCAACUGGUGAGUGGUUGGCAGUAGGAAUGGAGAACAGCAAUGUUGAGGUGCUGCAUGUUACUAAGCCGGACAAGUAUCAGCUACAUCUUCAUGAAAGCUGUGUGUUGUCACUCAAGUUUGCUCACUGUGGCAAAUGGUUUGUAAGCACUGGAAAAGAUAAUCUUCUUAAUGCUUGGAGAACACCUUAUGGAGCCAGUAUAUUCCAGUCCAAAGAAUCCUCAUCUGUGCUUAGCUGUGAUAUCUCUGUGGAUGACAAAUACAUUGUCACUGGCUCUGGGGACAAGAAAGCUACAGUCUAUGAAGUUAUUUAUUAGAGACAAAUCUGAAUGCAGACAGAACUCCUUCUCCUAGCACUUUGCUGUAUAUUCCUUUUUUUUUU